GGUUGUGUCUUCGGCAAAACACCCCUCGACAAAUCGUCGACUCAGCCGGUUCCGGCUCGACGGCGAGCUGCCGCGAGCCGCGCGCUGCGAGCGGCCAUGAUCAGAGAGCCUGAGGCGGAGAGCGAUGAGGAGCGGAUGCCAGGUGUUCCAGUGGGCAGACGCAAGAGCAAUCGCUCAGACAACGUCGACCGCAAGGUGAGCCAAUGGUCCACCAUCGACCCCCGAGAGACGCAGCUGGUCUUCCCCUUGGAGUGGUCCGAGUUGCGGAAGAGAGUGGCACGGGUGGUCACCAACCCCUACUUCGACAUCGUCAUCGGGGUUUUGGUGCUCAUCAACAUCGGGAUGCUGGUGCACCAAACCAACCGCCAUGGCCUGGGCCUAGACUCAGAGCCCAUCGUGACCUGGGCGAACUUCGGCAUGCUGGUGGUCUAUACGCUGGAGGCCUGCUUGCGGCUCUACGCCUUCAGGAAGGCCUACUUUUGCUCGGCCUGGAACCUCUUAGACUUCUUUGUGCUGAUCUCGGAUUGGUUCCUGCAGAUCUUGGCCUUCGCCCUGGACGCGGAGGUCCCCCGGGCCGCGCUGCUGCGGACCUUGCGGGUGGUGAGGGCCUUGCGAGUGCUGCGGACCAUCCGCACUUUGCACCUCUUCCGAGAGCUUUACAUCAUGCUCUACGGCUUCUUCUCGGCGCUGAAGGCCAUCGCAUGGGCGGCAGUCCUGCUGCUGCUCAUGCUGCUGAUUUGGGGCAUUGUGGCUGUAGAGAUGAUUCAUCCACUGAACCAGGAGAUUGCGCUGACUGGGAUUUACCACGACUGCGAGCGCUGCCCGCGGGCCUUUCAGACUGUUUGGGCAUCGGUGCUCACCUUCAGUCAGCAGAUCGUGGCCGGAGACAGUUGGGGCAAAGUGACCAUCCCCAUAAUGGAGGAGCACCCUCUGGUGGUGCCCUUCUUUCUCAUGGUCUUCGUCACCAUCGACCUAGGUUUGCUGAACCUCAUCCUCUCGGUUAUCGUGGAUAAGGCCCAUCAGGCGCACCAAGAGGACAAGAAGUUCCAGAUCUCCCAGCGCCAGGCGGCCUUCGAUGCAGCCAAGCAGAGCUUGAUGGAUCUUUGCGCCGAGCUGGACGAGGACCACAGUGGGUGCCUGUCGCUGGCUGAGUUGCUGAAUGGCUACGACCGGCUACCGGAAUUCCAGGAGCAGAUGCGGCUCAUGGACGUGGAGCGGGAUGAUAUGCUCUCUUUAUUCAAAGUCUUGGACGAGGAUGGCUCCGGCGACAUUGAAUAUUCCGAGUUUGUGGAGCAGGUGGUGAAGAUGCGCUCCCAGGAUAUGUCGCUGAGCCUCAUGUUCCUGCGGAGCCAGAUCAAGGAGGUGAAGCAGCAGACGCACAUGAUCUCUGAUGCCCUGGAGACGCUGAAGGCUCAUUUGGAGGACUCAGGCAUGAAUCUCAAGAACAUCAGUUUCAAGAAAUCAGCCUCUGCCUCGGAAUACGGGAUGCUGGAAGGGAGCCGUAGCCUGGGCGUGAACAGCAUCAGCCCCGCUUAUCGCAACGGCGGAAUACACGGCACGAACGGCUUUCCGGGCUUGACCAACGGCCUGAAUGGUAGUACCACUACCACCGACUCGCUACCGAAGCGGCUUCCUAGCUUCUCCACAGUGGCCACGCAGACGGAGACAUCGCCAGAUUCUUUGCCGCCGGAGCUCGCCAGCUGGCAAGCGCAGGUCCGGGAUCUCCGAACUGCGCUGCUUCAGCUGGAAGGCAGCAUGGCCAGCGUCAGCGAGGUGCAGAGGCCCGAGAGAGUUCUAUGGCAAGGAAACUCCGUUUCUGCGACAGCGAGACCAAAGCAGGAGUUCAUCAACUCGUGUUGCGCUCCUGCGCGGAAAAGCGCUGAGCAGAUCGCCAGCCCCCGGUCCAAGUGGGCCAGAUCUACGCAGAUGCCGCCGAUACAGGCGAAGCAGGCAAGUGACACCCGGCCCUCCUGACAGCUGAAAUCCGAAGAAGCCGGGGUUCUUUUUCACAAGGAUCCCUGCUUUCAGGUUGGUGAGUUACA